AUGAGCAAUCCGGGAGGUGCCGCUAUUUCGGCGGAGCAACUCAAAGCCCGCUACGUGGGGACGGGGCAUCCCGAUAUGACCAAGUACGAGUGGAUGACGAACCAGCAUCGGGAUACCUACGCUUCCCACGUCGGCCAUUACGAUCAGCUUUCCUACAUGGCGGUAGCACAGAACCAAGCAAUAGGACGGACCCGCUUAGAGUUUUUGGAAAAGAUGGUACAGCCGUGUGGACCACCACCGCCAACGAAAGACGUUGAACGUUUACUGGAAGAAAGGGAAUAG